UUAAUCCCGUUGUUUCCAUUUAACAACCGCUGCAUCGAAUUCUCAAGUACACGUAAUUGUUAAGCGAAUUAGAACAUUAAGAUCUCUUCGAUUUUGGUUCUACUAGAUGGGAAAGCAUGAAUGUCUGGGUCAAAACUAGGUAUAAAAUAAGUUCGACAGCAUCCACUAGAUCCACAUUCUGGUUUGAGCUCUCUUCCUGUCAACAGUGUCCGCACUAGCUCUCCAGUCCAUCAAGAAUGAAGUAUUUGAUCUUGGCUGUCAUUUUUUGCCAAGUUCUUUGUCUGCUAGCAGACGGUGAAUUCGACGAAAAUGUUGCUGAUCUACAGGAUGGUUUUGAUGAAUCGCAAACAUUGGCUCGGCCUCGUCACUUCAGAAUGGAAAAGUACCAACGGCAUCCGUGGUGGAUUCGCCCACGAUCGAGAAGAAAGAAGAACAAGAAAGUUAAUAGAAGCGGUUUGCCUAAACGGAUGCAGUCUCAUCAACACAGGAGGAGAAUGCAGAGCUCGAGUGACGAUUUUCACCCCGUGGAUGAUAAAAACGAGUUAGGUCAAAUGGCCGAUUUCGAUUCCAUCAGCCAGAGUCGUCGGUAUGAAGACGAGACUGCGCUGGACCCACGCCGCAUCCGAAUUCGUAUCCGUCUAAGGCAACGAGGUCCGGUCAAACGCCACGCCAGACAAGGCAAGAAACGAUCGAAGAAGGUUGCGAUGAAACUGGCCCAAAAACUCGCAACCAAAGAGGCGAUGGCGUUAAUUUUGAAAGAUUUCCUACGUAAUAACAAUAAAGUCUCUUCGAAAAAGGCCGCGCGGAAGGCAUCCAAUGGCUUUCGGCGGAUGGGCCAGUUUGCGCUUCACGGCAAAAGACGUCGAGGCAUGAAGCUCCGGGCCAAGAAAAGGAAGAACUAGAUCUGGUUUCCUGUCAUUUAUCUUAACUUGAUUUUAUCAUGCGUACCUGUCUUUUAUAUCUGAUCGUCUCCUGUGUUACUCCUUUGUAUGAAUGUUCGCAGCGAUAUCUGAAAUUAUUCUGUUUGACGAAUAAAAUAAAUGGUA